AUGUCCGACUUGCCCCCCACAAGUUAUCGGCUUUUCCAGCUUGCCGGGCCCGGCCUGACUUCGCUAUUAUAUGUCGGCACCGCCGCCGUUUCUAUCGCAACAGUUCCGGCCUUGCAACAACUUUCACCUCCCCAGAUCCUCGCUCCUUUUAGACGACUCUACCACGUUGACCAUAGUCUCCGCCAGUUUCUUGUUGCUAUCAGUGCAGGAUCCUUAUUCAUUCUAUCAAAACAUUCCUACACACAGACAAGACCUGCUUUCGUGGCUGAACUGUUCCGGUACUCUGGAAUUUUGACGGGUUUGAAUUAUACAUUUACAGCAUAUAUACUCGACCGCGUGGCUCGGCCAUUGGUGGUGUCUUUGAUUAUAGAUGAGGAUGACGACGACACCGGAGACAAUCUUGAUAAAUGGGCAUUGUGGAAUUCUCUCAGAGCAGACUGCACUCUCGGAGCUAGUGCAGUGUUGUCGAUUUGUGCAGUGGUCGAGUUUGACGUUAUCAAAAUGCUGUCGAGGAACAUACUUCGGAUAACAAGAUCACUGUUUGUUUCUUUCUUCUCCGUUUAA